AUGACGGUGAUAGACACCGGCACGUGUGCGUCGCUGUCUGUGUGGGGCGACACGCGUGGCCUGUGGCACCACACGGACUGCCAUGACCUCAAGUGUGCCGCCUGCAUGGUGCCGCGCCCCUCGGAGUGGUUGCUGCGUGGCCACGACACACUCCUGGACCACAGCUUCUCCCUGCUGCCCGGCAACUUGUCCGGCAUGACGGGCUUCUUUGCAUCUAGCCUCACCCUGGAGGAGGGUGGCUCCGCGGGCCUGGGGCAGUGGCGCAUUGUCAGUACUGUACACCCGCACGUGAGCGCCGUGCUGCAGCGCACGUCCGUCACGCACUAUCCCUUCGGCAUGCAGGAAUGGCAGCUGCACACCGCCACGCUGGCCACGGUGAAGGCCAAACUGCUGCUGACGCGCUGCGGGCAGGAUGAGCUGACGUGCGGCGACGGCCGCUGCAUUUACCGCAUGUAUCGCUGUGACCUGGAGGUGGACUGCAGUGACGCCUCUGACGAGCAAGACUGCGGUAGGGUGCGCAAGGCUGCGGGCUACAAGCGCCAGGUGAGUCCGCCGCGGAAGUUGAGAAGCGGAGCGCAGCGCGUUGGCGUGCGGGUAGACGUGCUGGCCGUCACCGAGCUGGACAUCGUGGGGUUCCGCGUCACGGUGGAGCUGCGCCUGGAGCUGACGUGGCGGGACUCGCGCCUCACCUUCCUCAACCUGCAGCCAGAGACCUGGAAGAACAAGCUGAGUGACAGCGACCUGUGGCGCCCUGCCGUGGAGUACCUCAGCAGCGACGGCUCCGCCAGCAACCUCAACCACCGCGGCCACCACCUGUACGCCCUCCACCACCCCAACGCCGCCAAGGACAUGCUCUCAGACACGCGCGAGGACGUGAUCUACCGAGGCAACGACACCAAGAUGAAGGUGGUGCUGCUGGAGGAGGUGGACUUCUCCUGCCCUUUCAACCUCUUCGCCUUCCCUUUGAUGAACAGCAGUGUGACCUGAUCGUGGCCCUGCAGGAGUUGCCGCGGACUGACGUGACACUGGCGCCGCAAAAGGUGGCCAUUAACUUCACGGGUCAAAGGGCGAUGUUGCAUUACUACCUCAAAGCAGAGGAGGCCCACGUGGUCAUACUGG